AUGGCACGAGCGAAAGAAACAGACCGCCCCUCGGGCAAAGCCGAGAGCAGGCAUGCGACUACGGCAGUUGAUCGUCUGCGAGUAGCGAAGCGACAACUCCAGAGUUUCAACAAAGCGCAGACAAAGUUAUACACCAUGUUCGAAGAAAUGACGCAGGAACUUGAACACGCCAAGGAAGACAUUGACAAGAUUGAGGACUCGUGGAUGGCGGUCAGCUAUAAACUGGAUGCGACCGAGACCGAGCUAGACACAACUAAGAGUCAGCUGGCUGAGGUAAAGGGAAGCCGUGACAUGUACAGACGCUGGUGGCUUGAAGAUGACCGCGCAUUGAGUUCAGAAAAGCGCAUUAAUGAGAAGCUGGCAACCGAACUGGCGAUCGAGAAAGAGAAGGCCAAGAAAAACAAUGACGCCCAGGAAAAGCUCAACCAGCUCCAGAAACAAUGGUCAUCACUCUCACAUAUCCUCGGCAACGAAGAUCACAAAUGCUAG